CCCGAGAGGGAAACGCCCGCGAAGCGUGGUUUUUCAAGUGAGCGUCUCUCGCCGCUCGGAGCGAGUGCGCAUGCGCCGCCUCCGUCCGCCGCGCUCGGGAACAUGGCUGCGCGGGCCUUGUGGGCGGGACGGCGGCGGGUGCAGCGUCUCCUGGCCUCGAGCGCCGCGUCCCAGAGCAGGGCAUGGCUGCGUCCUUUCAGCACUGCCACCCAGAGAACUGCUGGGGAGGACUGCAGCUCUGAGGACCCUCCUGAUGGGCUUGGGCCCUCUCUUGCAGAGAGAGCCUUAAAGCUAAAAGCUGUCAAACUGGAGAAGGAAGUCCAGGAUUUGACGGUGAGAUACCAGAGAGCUGUAGCUGAUGGUGAAAACAUAAGAAGGCGAACCCAGAGAUGUGUAGAAGACGCCAAGAUAUUUGGAAUUCAGAGUUUCUGUAAGGACCUGGUAGAAGUGGCAGACAUUUUGGAGAAGACUACAGAGUGCAUUUCUGAAGAAACAGAGCCUGGGGACCAGAAGCUCACUCUGGAGAAGAUCUUUCGAGGGUUGGCACUUUUAGAAGCAAAGCUGAAGAGUGUGUUUGCCAAGCAUGGCCUGGAGAAGAUGACACCCAUCGGUGACAAAUACGACCCUCAUGAGCAUGAACUCAUCUGUCAUGUGCCAGCUGGUGUUGGUGUGCAGCCUGGCACCGUGGCCUUAGUAAGGCAAGAUGGCUACAAGCUUCAUGGCCGCACCAUUAGACUUGCCCAGGUGGAAGUGGCAGUGGAGUCUCAGAGAAGACUAUGAAUUGGCCGUGAGGAACUGAAUGUUCUCCCAGAGUGUAUCACCUGACCUGUGUUUCGUUUAUUUAUUAAGCUAGGUUUGUAUUGUACAUGAGGUACUUCAUGUGAUCUGUUUUGGAUUUAGUCAUAUUGGCUUUAUUUCUAAGAUACUCUAUUGAUUUAAUGUGACCUGUGUGGUCUCAUCAGAAGUCUUGCCAUUGGGCAUUUGAACAAUGUGACAAGUGUUCCCAUGGCCUUUAUCAAAUAUGUUUAGGAAAAUUACUUUUAAAUUGGUACUCUGAUGACUUUCAAUCCAAAAUCUUUUUAAAAGAUGGAAAUGAGUAUAUGUUUGUGUAUUUUCAACUAAAUGUUGCUUUCUAAUGGUCCCUAUAACAGGAAUUUUGUAGGAUCUUGUAUUUUGUGGGAAAAGGAGGUGGUAGGGAUUGGUUCAUCAUUUGGGUACUUAGUUGGUAAAGCUUUAUAAUUGUUUGAAUUGAGAUCGUUUGGACUGAUUUUUAUACACACAGAUUUUCAGGACUUCCCCCUUUUAUUUUAUUUCCUUUUAGCCAUCUUUUUUCCUUGUAGUUCCUGCCAGGUAGACUUCAUUUUCACAUGCAUUUUUCUUUCUAAUUCCCAUUUAUAGGGCUAAAGGCCCAGGCAAGACUUAGAAGGCAGGGAGCAUCAAGAAAUUCAAGAUACCCAGGUCCCUUUCAAGCAAGCAUGGCCAAGAAACUCUGCUUUCUUUGCUGAGUUAUCUUCAAAUUAUUUUCAGCUUCCCUAGGUAUAUAGUCAUUCCAGGGAAACUGAGGCAGCACCAACAGCUAAUGACCCAAAAUGGUCAGUAUAGGCAAUUUACCUACAACUUCUCUUUUCCCCAGCCCUUAAAUCUUCGGCCACUUUAUCAGAUUUGCCUUAUGAUCCUUUAUUAGAUUAUGUGGGGAGGUAGUCAGGACAAAAAUGUUAGGUUCCCAAGAUUUCUCAUUUCAUUUAGUUAGGCUGAACUUUUUUAAAUUGAUACAAAGCACUACCUCUCUUACAUUAACACACUUUAUUUCCUAGUUUUUGUAUCUGUCUUAUGCACAUGUGUAAAUAUCUAGCUCCCCUUUUGUGUAUUGACCUCCUAAAGUUAAUGAGCCUGUGUGUUUAUUUUUUAUUCUUUCAGUCUUGCUUAUAGCUAGUAUUCUGUAAAAGAUUUGUUCAAUAAAUAGUGAAUGAAUGGUACAUCAGUCAGACUUUAGAAAGGUAGGUAGUUAUGGAUAGUUCAAUGUUAUAAGAGGCCUUAAUGAUGAUCUAAUCUUGCCCCUUCAGUUUCUUCUGAAGUAUGAAGACGUAGUCUUUUUAGAACUGAACUCAAAAAAAAUCUGAAACUAGUAAACUAAAUUUCAGUGAUAAUUUGAAUAAGAAAAAACUAGAUAUUAACUUCAGUCAUGUAAGAUUCAACAGUUGUGUAAUGAACGUGCAGAUAUGUCCCAGCAGACGUGUAGUCGCGCGUCAGGUGCCCAGAUUGCACAGGGUUAGGGUUAAGUUAACGACUCAUAAAAUAGACCCAUUUCUGCUAGAGCUCUAUGACCCAAUUCCAUGAAAUGGUAAACAUCAUCCUCUCAGACAUUACAGAUAAUUCUAGAACACUACACAAACGUGUCAAUAAAGGCAUCCCCCAAUGGACCCUACCAUCUCCAGAUUUAGACACUUAAAGAAAAAAAUAUGUGCUUUUAAAAUGCAAGCAUAAGACCCAUAGUAAGGUUUUAAAACCAGAACCACUUUUGGCAUUCCACUAAGUGCAUACUGUAAAUUUAAUGAGCAGAUUUCACAGUAGGAAUUUAUCCUUUUUUGCCUUCAUUUCUUUGAGAUUGACAGAUAAUGACAAUAAGAAAAUGUGCCAAUUGUAAUUACCCACAUGUUCUUGGAUCACUAGCUAUCAUUACCAGUGAAUUAGAAUAACCAUAAUUUUAGUAUGGAAUGUUCUGACUACUUGAAGAGUUUUCUGAUAUUCUUUGCAAGCUCCUGUUUUAGCAAGUAGAUUGAGAAUAGUUUUAGUUUUUUUCUUAUUCAGUAGUUUUGCAGACUUAAAAGUGUAAAUUUAGAAGACGGAGGUAUAACAGUAAGAAUCUCAAAAUGUCGAAGGGCCUUCAGGAGCCAGAGCAGCAUAAUAGAGCACAGGCUUGGUAGGCCUAGACUUGAACGUAAAUCCCAGCCCAAUCACCUGUGUGACUGUGGGCGCCAGUCUGUUCACCCUUCUGAGCCUGCUUUCUUGUUUGUAAAAAGGUUAUGAGUCUCUCAAUAUUGUGAAGAUUAAGUGAAAUGUGUAAAUUGCCUACUACAGUAGGCCCUCAAAUAUUUAUUUUUAUUGCUUUUUAUUAUACAUAUUAUUUUUCCUAUGUUUUUAUAGCUGCCUAAAGUCUAAGGGCGGGGGAAGCGUGGUUAAGUGAUGCUUGACUAUAAGAAAAUGGUAAGCUAAUCCAUCACAGUGACUUGUUUUCCUUCCAGCUUCUGGGGUUUGUGUGUUUUCUCUAACCAUACACAAGAAAUCCACAUUUUUAGACUAAAGAAGCAAGAAAAUUGUGUCAGUGCUCGUGAUUAUUUCUAGCUUGAUGGUGAAGUGGAAAGACAUUGUUGGCUUGCAGACAAUGUGUACGGAAGCUUUGGCUCACCUGAAGGAGGGGAUCGUGGUGUUUCAGUACUUGGAUUCUACAAAUCUGUAACAGAGUUUCCUCACUGCCAUAAAAGAAUCAGUCUGUUUGAUACUGAUAGAAGUUAUUUGGUGGUCUUUCAUGGCAAAAGAUUUGAUAAGUGAAGAAUGGUUCUUAAAUACUAAAGCAAAAUAAAAUAGGGAAAACUAAGGAUGAAACAUAACAUUCAGAAACAACUUUAAUAAAACCCGAAUUGAAGUAACAGCA